AUGAAUAAAUACACUCUUUAGCUUAAAAACAAAAAAAUUCGAUAACAGUAUGAGGCAGAGGAUUUGUAAAUAUUGAAAAUACACAUUCGAAACAUUGCUAUUGUAUUGACUAUAACAGUAGUAGCUUAGAUGAUUAUAUUUAUCAUACAUGGGACUAGCAAUUAUAAAAUUUAUCUUUAUUUUUCUUUAUAUCUAGUUGGUAUUCUUACUACUUAUUUAGUUUCUAAGUUUUUUUUGCGUUUUCUUCGAAUAUUUCAUUCACUUAACGUACUCCUCUUUGCCAGUCUGAUUUUAUGGAGCUUUGUUGACUCUGAACUGAAAUAAUCAAUAGAAAACGAAAAAAGCUUAACUCCUUUUGUGAGAGGAAUCUUUCUUUGCACUCAGUUUUUUAUUUUGAAUAUCUCAAGCUAUUUUCCUUUUUAAGCUUUGAUGUACGUAUAUUUAAUCGUUUUAUUACUUAGCGCUGCUUCCUAAAAUCCACUUGUAGACGCCUUAAAGCUUAUUCCGAUGCUAAUUGCUCUGAUCUAAAAGGGUUAUUACGAAGACAAGGGUAAAAAGAGAAGAUUUUUACUCCAAAAAAAAGACGAUAUCUGGGAUCACCUUACAAAUGAGCUUCUUCCAACCAGCUUGAUUGUCGUAAAAUGGGACAAACAGUCAAACAGAAUAGAAUUUUAUUCUCAAAAUAAGUAAGCUUAGAAAGUCUUCAAAAUAUAAAACACUGAAGAUUUCAAUGAGUUUUCUCGAAAAUUUGUCUUAGAAGAGAUUAAUGAUAAAAUUGAGAGAAAAAGGUCCUUAAGAAAAAGCGAGAUAAAAUGGGAAGAUACUUUGCUUUUUUAAAUUUAAAAUAAAAUAGAACGUGAAAAAUGUAUUUUCGAUAAUUGUGAAGAACCUCAGUUGCUAAGCGAUAAGGAUCUAUCAGAGAAUAAUUUUUUUCGCAAAUUUGCUUAAACAAUUAAUUUAGAUAAUACAUACAAAAAAUCAGUUAGCACUGCGACUCUAACGAACAGAAAAGCGUUAUCACCUAAAAGCAAAAUAAAUAUGAUGGGAGACACCUAUAAUCUCAAGUAAGAAAAGUAAUUCUUAGGAAAAAUAGACUACUUUUUAGGUGAACAUAGACACUAAAAUUUUGAGAUAAGCGAUGAACAUGAUAGAUAUUCAGUGAGACUAGGUGCAUAUUUUUUAAACGAAUGGUAUGGAGUCAUUUCGAUUGAAAAUGAAUCAUUCCGUGAUAGAUAUAUUCAGUAAAAGAAUUAGUAUUUAAAGCUUAGUAAGUAAGUCAAUCAGAAUUAUGAGUAUUUGCUACACUGCUCUCGCUUAAAUAUAAAAAAUAUUAGAGAUUUGCAUUAAAAAUUUGUUUGUUCAAACGGAGCUUAAUAAAAAGGUUAAGCAAGAUAUAAAAACAUAGGACAAAUACAGUAAGAGAUUAAUUUAAACAACUAUUUUUGUGAUAGGAGCUCUGCCUCAGAAACUUAAAAUUCUUUUAAUGAGCCUAUUAAAGAAUGCUCUUCCUAUCUAGAGAAUAGAAGUCCUAUUACUAAUAAUAAACAGAGACAAAAUUUCCACCAAAAUCAUUCUUUGCCUCAUAAAAGUAGCGAUUAAAAAGAGGAAAAUUUAUAAAAUGAAUAAUCCUUAAAAAUUAAACAUCUUUAUAAGCAGAGACACUCUAAUUCUCCACCACCAACUUUUGGUAGCGAUUACUUUCAUGCAAAUAGCAAUAAUUUUAAAAAUAGUUACUCAGAUUAAAAUUAAAAUUUCAGCAAUCAGCAUGAGUAAAUUUUUGAAGGCAGUAGCCCUAAGAAUUUCAAUAUUAACCUUUUCACUAAAUAGAAUCGCAAAAAAUCAUCAAUAUUAAUUUCGAGCGAGAAUUAGAAAAAUAUAAAAAGUAACUUUGUAGUAUUUAGCGAUUUGAAUGCACCUGUUCCGAAUAAUAAGAGUAACGAUGAUAACUUUAAUAGUAACAGUAAUUUUGUGUAUAACUUGAAUUAGUUAUAAGCUACCUCUCACUAGACUAAUUAGAUCAAUAAAAAUAUAGAACUAUUAAAUGAUGCUAGUAUUACACCUAAAAGUUAAAAAUAACUUAACUCUCCUUAUUUUAAAUUAUCUAAUGAGUAUUAAUUUGAAAGCACAAAGCCCAUAUACACAGCUAUUUUGAUGAAGAUAGUUCUUUUAAAUCAAAUGCUUAAAGCUACUAAAGUUAAUAAAUAAAAUAAUUAACAUGCUGAAGGUGAGAAAGUUAAGAGUCAUAAAAAAUCAUCACUUAAGCAAGUAGUUUAAAAUAUUACAUCUCUUUUCAGAUACUCUCUAAGUGAUAAAGGCUCAAAUAUUUCAAUAACAUAUGAUGAAAAUUUACCAAAUAACAUAAACCAAGAUUAAUCUAAACUCACUUAAAUACUAUUCAAUAGUUUGCAUUUGAUGGUGAUAAAUACUUAACCUACACACGAAUUAUAACUCCACAUUUCUUCACAUGCUUGUUUGUCUGAAGGGGAGUUGAUUACUCCUUUAUCAAAUUAAGAUUUUAUAAAUAAUAAUAAUAAGAUUGUUUUAGAUUUGAACAAAAACUAAGAAAAAGAAAAGCACGAACGGAAUACUACAUAAGAAAAUGAUAGGAACUAAGUCAUAAAAUUUACAAUAAAAUCUAGAUUAAUAGAUGCAAUUACUUCUAAAGUGCCAAAAUUUAAGGAUUUGAACAUAAGCAUAUUCGAAAAUGGAUUUGAAUAAGUUUUUGCUAAAAGUGCUAUUCCAGCUUGCUAGAAAAUUAUUUAAGAAAUAGGACCUUAUUCUGCCAUUAAGCUUUAGUUUGAUCCUACAGAUUGUACAUUUUAAAUAACAUAUUGUGUUUAUUAAGAUUUAGGAGUACUCAUCAAAAGUUAAAAUGUGAGUAAAACUAACAUAAAAAAUAAAAAUAAUGCGAUUAACCUAACUCCACUAAAUUAUAAUUAAUUUACAUCUAACAACGCAGGUAGAAGAAACACAUAAAAUACAGUACCAAGAGAUAGAAUGGAAUCAAAUCUUCAUAAAAGCUACAACAUCAACUAAAGUGAAGAAAAUUUCUUAAAAACUAAAGAUUUAAAUUUUAAUUAAAUAGUAAGUAAAUAAGUAAAUCGUAGAACUAUUUAGAUAUUAGAGAAUUUUAUUCCUAUUAACAAUCCUUAAUAAGAAACUUUGAAUCAAAUAAAAACUAAUAAUAAUUUUUUGAAUUCACCUACAAAUUAAAUUGAGAGUAGCUCAAUGAACUAAAAUGUAGUUUUCUAGCUAAAAAAUUUUUAAGAUAAGUAAUUUUAAAAAAUUCUGAAAAAAUACACUCCUUCUUUUUCACUGGGAUUGAUUGAUGGGAAUGCCUUACCUCUAUCAAACCAAAAAGAAAAAUAAUAAGAACUAAAUAGCUCCCAAGAAAUCUCUCAGAAUUAGUAAAGAAGUCUUAUCAAUCAUAACUCUGUUUCAAACAUAAUACAGUAGCAUACAAAUUUAACUAUAGACUGA